AUGGAGCUGCAGCUGGAGCAGCAGCAAGAUGAAUCAUCCGUCACCAAGUUCGCGUGCAAGAAGUGCCGCUCUGUUUUAUUUAAAAGCGAUCAGCUAACGCCGCACGAACCAGAGCAACACCAGAUCUCGACGCGCAGGAAGCUCAAAGACCUCAAGCACCAGGUAAGUGCGCACGUGGCCUGCUCUUCUUAUUUCCUAGAAGAGACAUUGCCCUGGAUGGACGAGGCGCUGCUAGCCGAGGGAAAGAUCCACUGCCCCACUCUCAAGUGCCAGUCGCGACUAGGAGCGCUGCAGUGGUCGGGCUCUCAGUGCUCCUGUGGCACGUGGGUCACACCCAGCAUCAAGAUCACCAAGAGCAGAGUAGACGCAGUCUUUAAGCAGAGCAACCUCAACAUUGUCACGGGCGUUGGGCUUCCCAAUGCGGCAGAAACCCCGCCGGACGUUAAAUAA